UCUAUUUCUUUAUGUUACCUACUUGAAUGGUUUUCAGUCGUUCUCGUCAGCAUUUGGGAGAAUACGACGGCAUUAAUUAACAACAUGCGCAUGUUCAUGUCAAUAAUCUUUGAGGUAUUGACCAGCAUAAGCUACUGGGAGAAUCUCUGCUUGUUCAUCUUGAAGAUCUCUGCGGCAUUGACCAGUGUUACCCAUGGUUGCUUAGGAUGGAUCAAUUUGCUCGCUCCAUGUGUCCAAACUGUUCCGUCUUACCUGCCUAAAUCGUUCUCAAAUGGUGCCAUCAACUUAACGAAUUACUGGGGAAGCUUUUCGCUCUUGGGCGUGUUGUGCGGGGCCGUGAUAAUUUGGCGGUGUUGCUUCAGGGCUGUACUCCGUAAGGAAUCGUUAGGGGAAGCAGGCCACAUUCACGAGGAAAGCCCAGCUGUGCCCAUUUGCCUAAAAUUUCUCCUCAGAAAAUGCUCGGAAGGCACAGAAUGCCCAGAGCAUCAUUGUUUUCUGCCUUAUCAUUGGCAAUAUAAUGUAUCCAGUGGAGUUGAAUGGAAAAGCUUCAGUGAGAAAGACAACUUAGCGUUGGAAAAGCUGUACUGUGACGUGAACGUAGAGGGACCAGUUAAAUUGAACCUAGCCCAAGCAAUUGCAAGCAUGACCUUGUCAAUAAAACCAACGGCAGGAAUUUGCGCUGCAGGCUAUGGCUCUGGAAAAUUAAGGCGCUUUGCCACUCCACCUUGCUCCACAAACCCAAGUCACCCUCUCUCCACCAACUGGAAAUGGUACUGGGAAGAUAAUGGCGGCGUUUGGUGUAUGUACGAGAAGGACCCUUUGGGAAGAAAUCUACAAGAACUGAUAGAGCAAGCUUUCGUUAAAGGGCUGAAGCGAAAUGAGACAGACUAUACGUUCAAUUUCAAAGUCAAAGCUCAUGAGUACUACUUGGUCUUUCAUUCAGCGAAAGGCAUGCACCAAAUAAACAUGCAGUACGGUACCAAAAGAAAGGUAAAACGAAGACCAGAAAGACUUAUAUCACCUGAAGAAAUGACCGUCUUUAAAAGGGUUCCCUCCGAGGAGUCUGUAUUGAUGAAAGAGCCCGAAAAAAGAGCGGUCGAGUCCCCUGUUCCAAGCCACUGGUCCUAAACGCCAGCCAGUGAGCCAUAUACACGAGUGACGUUAGACUCAUCUUCAUGGGAAUUCAAAAAGGUGGAACAACUGUUCAUAGCGUCGAUGAGUAAUAUGGUGAUCAAGAAAAUCGACCGCGUCCAGAAUCCCUUCAUGUGGGAAAAAUACCGAAGGAAAAAAGACUACAUGACACAACUAGCAAACGGUGAUCAACAGAGAGUCAAUGAGAAACGACUCUUCCAUGGAACCAGUCCAGAUUCCGUAGAGGCUAUCUGUAAAGAGAACUUUGAUUGGCGUUUAAGCUGCACUGCGACCGGUACUAAGUAUGGUCAAGGAAGCUACUUUGCAGUGAAAGCAUCCUACAGCCACAACUACGCAAGAGAAGAUGCCAAUAAGUCUCGGUUUAUGUUCGUGGCCAAAGUCCUCGUGGGUUCGUAUGUAAAGGGAAACCCCAGCUAUCGAAGACCGCCCCACAAGCUACCUCUGAAUGGAGGUGAUACCCUUUAUUACGACUCCUGUGUGGAUGACGUGUUGCAGCCAAAUAUGUUUAUUGUCUUUGACAUCGACCAGUUAUACCCAGAAUAUAUCAUUCAUUACUAAACUGGUAGGUUGCGUUUUAAAAGAUUCAAUUCACGGAGAGCAAUAACUUCCAAUCCGAAACCUUGCUUCUAUACCACUCAAUUUACGAUGGGCUCGAUACACUUUGCUGAGACUUCACUCGAUUGCAAAAACAUUGACCCACAAAAGUCAUGUUCAAUCCUUUACUUUCUUUUUACUCUUUACUUUUUCAUUGUUCAUGAAAAUCUUUGUUUACAUCAAUUCUAUUCUUUCAGAAAAGCGUGGAUGGCUUCUAUCAUUCACCGCAAGCAACUUAUUGUGGUUAUGUAAAUAUGUAUUCACAAAACUGUGCGGUUGUGAAAAGAUGCGUGGUUUGAUAAAAACUUUAACGCGUAAAAGGCUACUCAUCUUUAGCUUACAGGACAUGAUUGAUGUCAAAUGCAACUGACAUGGCCUUCCACUGACUGCUGUGGGAUUCUUAAUAGGAAGAAAACUCCCCCAUAAAAGCUGAAAUUUUUAUUUUCAAACGACAAAGAUAAGACUGAAAUGGAAGUGCUUUUACAGUCGUACGACACUGUAUUGCAACUGACAGUAAAAAGCGGUUAUUUUGUUUGUUCGUUGCU